UUCCUCCCGCGCGCCAUGGCGCCCGCCAGGUGGGCCGCGGCCACCUGCCUCGUGCUCCUCCUCCUGCUCCCGCUCGCGCCCGGUCCAGCGCGCGCCGCGACGCCGGCGAAGCCCCCGUCGUCGUCCUCCGCCGUGUUCCAGCUCCAGGGCGAUGUCUAUCCCACCGGCCAUUACUAUGUCACCAUGAACAUUGGGGACCCGGCGAAGCCAUACUUCCUGGACGUCGACACCGGCAGCGACCUCACCUGGCUGCAGUGCGACGCUCCCUGCCAAAGCUGCAACAAGGUGCCACACCAACUGUACAAGCCAACGAAGAACAAGCUUGUUCCCUGUGCAGCGUCGGCCUGCACUACACUGCACGGCGCAGAGAGCCCUGCCAAGAAAUGCGCUGUACCGCAGCAAUGCGAUUACCAGAUCAAGUACACGGACAGUGCAACUUCGCUUGGCGUGCUCGUCGCCGACAACUUCACGCUGUCCCUGAGGAACUCAUCCAGCAUCCGUGCAAGCCUCGCCUUUGGCUGUGGGUAUGACCAGCAAGUGGGGAAGAAUGGCGCGGCGCAGGCAGCGACAGACGGAUUGCUUGGGCUUGGGAAGGGAUCAGUUAGCCUGCUCUCGCAGCUGAAGCAGCAAGGGAUCGCAAAGAAUGUCAUUGGCCAUUGCCUCAGCACGAACGGAGGAGGGUUCCUCUUCUUCGGGGACGAUGUCGUACCCACUUCGCGUGCAACUUGGGCGCCCAUGGUUCGCAGCACAUCUGGGAAUUACUACUCACCGGGUUCAGGAACACUGUACUUUGAUCGACGUUCGCUAGGCGUUAAGCCAAUGGAGGUGGUAUUUGACAGCGGCAGCACCUAUACCUACUUUACUGCCCAGCCAUACCAAGCGACUGUUUCUGCGCUAAAAGCUGGUCUCAGCAAGUCACUUAAACAAGUGUCAGACCCCAGUCUGCCGCUUUGCUGGAAAGGGCAGAAUGUGUUCAAAUCUGUGUCUGAUGUCGAGAAGGAUUUCAAAUCACUGUUCUUGAGCUUUGCGAAGAAUUCUGUCAUGGAGAUCCCUCCUAAGAACUACCUCAUUGUCACCAAAAAUGGGAAUGUGUGCUUGGGCAUCCUUGAUGGUUCAGCGGCUAAACUGAAUUUCAAUGUGAUGGGAGACAUCACAAUGCAGGAUCAGAUAAUAAUUUAUGACAAUGAGAGAGGGCAGCUUGGCUGGAUCCGUGGAUCAUGCAAUAGAAGCACUAAGUCUACUAUGUAUUCCUUUCCUUGACCAUUUUUCAGAUUGAAUCAUUAAACAAGCACUGAAGAAUGCCAGCUCUUUCCAUCUGAAUAAAGUAUGUAGUGUAUGAACAUGGGCCUUGGGGAAAUAAGGCAGAAAAGAGAGAAGGAUUAGUAUCCAGUUUAGGUGGAUAGGAAAUUACUAAUGUGUAUGCUCCUCCUGUUCAUAAUGAAAUGGAGUCUAUAUUUUACAUGUCUUA